GCUACGCAUGCGCACGAUUGCUCGCCAAAGACUAGAUUCAUCUGCAUGAUAUUUGCCGCAGACGCAGUGCAAAUCAAUUCCUGCCUCCGAACACGUUUUCUCUCCACGAUCGCUUCCCUGUCCAUCGUAAUUUCAUCCACGAAAAUGGAACUUUGUGAAAAAAAAAAUGAGAACGAGUCACACCGUCAAUCCGUUCGCGCGUCGGAACCUCAUGAAGUCUUCCACGGAGCAGAUGUCACCGAAGAUCUCCGUCCUGAGCAGCAGAAUCCAGAACCCCGUCAGAUGAAAGAGGUAGAGGAGCCAGAGACCAGAGAAAAAACAUGCAUGAAAGAAGAGCAGGAAGAUGAAAUCGCUAAAUCCCCAGCUGUUGGUGUGAAACGUGAAGGAGGUCACGGAACCCGCCUUGGCGAGUCCCCAGCUUCACCGUCAGACAGUGACCACGCAACGUCACAUUCUUCGAACUAUGACGAAGCAGAAGAUGAAGACUGGCAAGAUGUCACCAAAGAUCUCCGUCAGAUGAAAGCGGUCGAGGAGCCAGACACUCCCCGCGUGAAAGAAGAAGAGCAGGAAAUGACCAAAUCGACCACUGUCCGUGUCAAACGUGAAAGUGAGGGAACCCAAGAAGAAUCCCAAGCAGAAGGCCUCUCUGCUUCACCAUCAGACAGUGACCACGCAAGGUCGGACUCUGACGAUAAAGACUGGCAAGGCGAUGUGUCACGUCUCGCUGACGACAAACGCGUGAAAUGUCCUCAGUGUGACAAAAGCUUUGCCAACAAGAAAUCCUUGAAAAGACACACAAAAAUACACACGGGAGAAAAAGCCUAUCCCUGCUCGGUUUGUGGUCGAAGAUUCUCUAGAAAGUACCGUUUAAUCAGACACGCGGGAACGCAUGCUAAAAGAGCAGAAAUUAGAGACAACAUAUUUGUCUGCUCAGUUUGCGGUAAAACCUUCUCUGCGGAGAACGCUUUAGUCCGGCACACGAGAACCCACACUGGGGAGCGACCUUUUGCUUGCGUCGUUUGUAGUAAAACAUUCCCCGACAAGAAAAGUUUGGUUAGACACUCAAAAACACACACUGGGGAUAAACCUUUCGCCUGCACAGUGUGCGAUAAAAGAUUUUAUAGAAAGUCCAAUUUAAAAAUCCACGCGAGAACGCACACUGGGGAAAAACCUUUUGCCUGCUUGGUUUGUUGUCGAGCCUUCGCUUCAAAGCAAAGUCUAAACGAGCACCGAGCGACGCACACCGGCGAGAAACAUUUUUCCUGCUCCGUUUGCGGUAAAGGAUUUGCUAGAAGGUUCUCUUUGAAAAUACACUCUAUAGUCCACGCCGCGGAGAAACCUUUUGCCUGCUCCGUAUGCGGUAAAGGAUUGGCUACUAAGGCUAUUUUAACAGCUCACAUACGAAUGCACGCUGAAGGAAAACCUUUUGUCUGCUCAUUUUGCAGUAAAGGUUUCUCGAGCAACAGAGAUUUAAUAAGACACACACGAACACACACCGGAGAAAGACCAUUUGCCUGUGUAGUUUGUGGCAAAAGAUUCUCAAGCAAGGACAAUUUAAAAACGCACACCAAAAUACACACUGGGGAAAACCCUUUCGUCUGUUCACUUUGUGGUCAAGGAUUCUCUUCAAAGACAAAUUUAGCUACGCACACAAGAAAACACACUGGGGAGAAGCCUUUUGUCUGCUCAGUUUGCGGGAAAGGAUUCUUUGCAAAGUCACACUUAGCAGGACACGUAGUAACGCACACGGGAGUGAAACCUUUCAGCUGCUCAAUUUGUACCAAGGCCUUCUACCGCAAAUCUGCUUUAAAAUUACACGCAAGAACGCACACUGGAGAAAAACCUUUUUCCUGCUCAGAUUGUGGUCAAAACUUCUCUUCAAACCAAAGCCUACUAGCACACACCGGAACGCACACUGGGGAGAAACCUUUUCUCUGCUCAAUUUGUGGUAAAGCAUUCAGUAGAAGCCGCGAUUUGAAAAUGCACACUAACGCACACAGUGGAGAAAAGCCCUUUGUCUGCUCGCUUUGUGGUAAAAGAUUCCUUGAAAAGGGUGGUUUAAUGUAUCACAAACGAACGCACACUGGAGAGAAACCUUUUUCCUGUUCGGAUUGUGAUAAAAGAUUCAUUCAUAAGUCAAGUUUAACGAAGCACCAACGAACGCACACUGGGGAGAAACCUUUUCCUUGUUCAGUUUGUUCUCAAAGAUUCUCUAGAAAGUACGAUUUAAAAAGACACACAAGAAGCCACACUGGUGAGAAACCCUUUUCCUGCCCUGUUUGCGUUCAAACGUUCGUUAGACGGUCACAUUUAACAAGACAUUCAAUAACACACACUGGAGAGAAACCUUUUGCCUGCUCAGUUUGUGGGAAAGUAUUCUCUCAAAAGUCAACUCUAGCACGCCAUGCAACAAGACAUACAGGUGAGUAGAGUUGUGGCGCAAAAAAAAUUUUUCAUUGAUAUAUGUUUGUUGUUGAUAUAAAAUCUGCCAACAUCAGUUAUCGUGAUGCUAGCAAUUGGUUAUCCAAGGCUUCAACACCCUGAGCACUCACUUAACAUAUGUUAGCAAGUAGGAAAUAGCGGCGACACUGUAAUUAUGGACCAACUUAAAAAUAAAAACCUCAACAAGUACUUCUUCCUGCAAU